UGUGGAGUGUGUAGACGCCUGCAUGAAGCCUGGAGUGUAUGUUCGUCUGAUUCGUGAAGAUGGUAUUAAAGUAGUAAAGAGUGAAAUAGAGUAGAGAAAGAUGGAACAAGCUCAGGAGAGUGCAGAAGAAGAAGUGGACAGAAGUUCAGGAGGAGAUGGAGGGAAUGAAACAGAGCUCGAGAGCUACAACAGAGCCAAGUUUACACUCUGGGCUUCUAUCAUCUGCUGGACUGCACUCCGACUACUGAUCCAGAAGCUGAGGAUGGGUGCAGCAGAGCGACAGGUCCAGGAAGCUCUUGGGACCCCGAACGACCCGGGUGGAGCAGAACAGACCAAGUGUGAGCCUGAUUUAUACCCACAAGGAUGGAGAGAGCAGGAAUCAGACAGUUCACAUAAACCGUGGAAUAACGAGGACGAGUUUUCGGCUCUGUUGGAGGUGGAUCAUCUUUACCCAGGAUUGAGUUUAGAAAACGGACCUGAGGAGACAGACUAUAACGUGCAAGCAGGAUUGAAAAACACACACUGCAGAGGGCAGGAAAUACAACACAUCAACACACUUAACACAGAGAAAGAAGAACCGAACGGUCAUCUCAUUGACACACACUGUGGAGAGCUAACACAGGAAAGAUCACUAUCACUAUCAAUUAACGGUCUCGACACACAAGUCGUUCAAGGCACAGGAGAACUGAACACACAACAUGUACACACACACAAUCUAAAACACACCACAACAAAAAACACAGAGGAACCGAAAACACAAGACGCUAAAAAUACAGAUGUUACACGCACAGACUGCGUAGAGACAAACAAUGAAGAAAGGACAGGUUUACAAAACACAGAGAAAACAGAUGAUAGUAUAGCAGGGGAAAGAAGAAAGGACACCAGUGAACCUCAGUCUGGGAGAUGCAGCCCUUCAACAAAAGAAACAUAUAUUAAUGUCAGAAGUCGCUUACAGACGACAGAUCCGUUUAGCUUAAACGGUUCUGGCAAGAACGACGUAGAAAUCAAGGGCAUAUGUAGCGCAGAGCUAAACAAAAAUAUCCUCAGUAACAUAGACAAACAUCUUGAUAGAUUACACAAUACAAAUAAACCAGAAAUACACUCGUCUGACAGCAGAGAGGUAGCCAUCGAUGAUACGGGUGCACUGAGCUGCUCCGACCUCCAUCAUAAAAAUGACAACAAUCCAGAUGCACUAUGUCCAGAAAGAUUUAUAGACACAGCAUGCACAACAUGCUUCCAGCAAAGACAAACUAUCAGGUCAGGGUGUGUAGCUAUCAAACACGAGUCAUUACUGUCUCAGGAUGACACAUGCAAUGAAAAGUCAAGCGUCUACAAUGCUGAUGAACUUGACCCGCUGAGCAGAAGUGAAGUGAAGCAGAUACAUUGCAAUGAAUACACUUUGCACACACGGACACACGAGAGUGGCAGCACAAACACCACAGGUGUCAAAGAAAAUGCACUGAACACUUCCGAGGACUGCAACGACGCGCUGAUUGUUUUUAGAGACCGUAACAUUACACAGAAAUCACCAUAUGAAACUAAGGAAUCCUGCACAACACACCUUAACACGUGUGAUGGUGACACAAAGACUCAUGACACUCUGAGUGUAUCAGGUGUCCACUUACUGCAGCUAGGAACUGAAUCUGUGAAAUCUCCAGGGUCGGGACUCCGUCGGUCCUUUAACGGUAAAGUGUUGCCUGCUUGUUCUGAUGAGACAGCUGCAGAGAUUUUAGUGCACACUGGAGCAGAGAGGCAACUACAAAAAAACCCUCAGCAGCAGGACUCAGAGUCCAAGUUUCCGCCAUGCUCCACAGACUGUCAGGAUUUUGAUAGAAUCUUCUGGCUAAACUCACAAGUCACUGGAACAGAGAACAAGUCCACACUGACCCAUACAGGGGGGGUUAAACAGUCAGUGUCCAGGGAGGACAGAAGAAACAGAUUUGAGGAGAGGGUUUUGGAGGAUUCUUCCUUUCCACUUACCCUAUUACCAUUAUCAACAUCUCUGGAAAGACACCAAAUACAUAAUGAGUGCAAGGAUAUUAACUCGCACAGCCCAGAGCUUUUGAUAUCCACCAGUCGUUCUUGUGACAGAUCACAUUACUCCCUUUCCACAGAGGAGAAAGUAAAGAAUCAAAGCCAGAAACUGACAAGGUCUGAGGAAGUGGAGGAUAAUCCAUAUUCAAAACAUGGACAGAGAAUAGACGACACGCUUCAUCUUCCAUUCCAUUCAACCAAGUCAAGCCAAUCUGCCAUUUGGACUGAGAACUGUAUCUUAUCAAAUCCUGUUGAAACACAGGCUCCAAUAUUUACUGUUUGUCAGCCAAGGCACACACAUGAGCAGUGUGUCAAUGUCCUGAAUAAUCACACACUGUUUGUUGAUUUAAAACAUAAGAGAAGCAUAUCUUCUUCCCAAGGGAAUGUCAUUGAGAUCCCGUUUCCAGAAACUAGCCCGGUUAAGACUGUUGAAAAGGACAAUCCUAAAUCAGAUCAGAUUGAGCCUUAUUGGAACCUCCAUGUAUACAAUAACACAGCCUCAGAAAAGUCAUCAGACGCCAAAGAAGCUGUAGGGGUCUGUAAUCCUUUGUUGGUACCUUUUUCUGAUGGUCCAGAAAGUGAUACCGAGGAUAGCGAAAGUCAAACCACUUUCCUCGCUCUGACCUCCGACCAGAAGGAGGAUGGCUUGGUCACCUUAGAUCGUCUAAAGAAACCCUCAGACGUUCGGUUUCCUGUAGACUGGAGCAGUGAGGAUUCUGCCGUUUCUGGUCUAGGUGAAGAUUUCGAGAGCAUUGACUGUGAUUUCUGUACAGGGCAGGAGAAGGACUCAAAGCAACAAAUACAAAAAGAGUACCUUGAAAAGGAUAAACAUUUUGAGUGUAAUAUUGUAAGCACAGAUGAUGAACUACACCAUUACCAAAAGUGUCCUGUAGAUUCACAACCGAUCCUGUCAGUUCUUAAUGGACGUAGUCCUUUUAAACAUUCUGGACAUAUUAACCACACACAUAAACACACUUCCCUCUCUGGCUACAUACAAGAGACCGAUUUAGACUCGUUCGGCUCUGAGCCAAAUCGGCCUGAAGAUCCGGAGACACGGAAUCCUCUCAAGCAGGACAAACAAAUAGAGCUCUCUAGCUCAACUCAGCUCAAAUUCCAUAACAGUAUCAGGAGCUGUGCUGAAAAAGAGGACAGUUUACUACUAACUUCUGGAUUAAAGACAAUACGCUACACCCAAUCUGAGGUCCUGCUCCCGUCCCGAAGCCUGGAGCCUAUCCCGGAGACCGAGUGUACCCUGGGUAACUCCCCUAAUCCUAAUGACGUUACCUUUCUAGGUGACAAGACAACAGAGACUGAGAAGUUUGGAAAUGAAAAAAUGAAACCAUCAGCAUCAGACCAAGACAUUCUAGGGGUCGAUUCCUGUGAGCACAGUUUAUCACUAUGCAAAGGGAAGUCUGAGGACCGGCCAUGCUCUGCUUCAUCAGACCUGAUCGAGGAUAAGUCCCUGCAGAAUGAUGAAGACACAUCAAUCAAUUGUCCAUCCACGGGAUCCUUGGAACUGGAUACGAGCAGCAUUAAUAGUGAGGACCAAGAGGAGCAGAGAUCCCCUCUUGCUGGUCCCAUUGUGAAAUCACAACAUUCAAAAAGUAAAGUUAAGCCAUCCAAAUUUUCAGUUUUCUCCAAAAUGCCCUCGUUUAGACGAGGAAAAAGUAUAGCGAGAGAUGGGGGGGUGAGUAAGGGUGAAAUUUCACCCAGGGACUUACAGGACAGAGGGGAGGACCUUUUGAGUCACCUGACCCAGGAUGCAGGACGAGACCAAGAGAGUCAGCUAGAUAACUCAGAUGAUGAAGUCUUCUACAAAAGCGAGGUUGUAAAUAAGCAAACAGAGCUUCAGGUAGAUACAGAGGAGGAAGAGGAAGAGGAUGAUGUUUUUGGUCAUGGAACUGGUGACAUGGAGGGUUUGGAGAUGCCACAGCUUAAACAGAGCACAGAUAGUGAAUGCUCAAGCUACAGGAGAAGCAAAAGUACAGAAGGACUAAGCUUUCGCUUGCGUUUUGCCCAGGCCCACAAGUCUCUGUCAAGCUUUUUUGAGUAUCGGUCCAUGGAUAAGUACAACGAGUGUCCAGAAUCAGAAGAUACACGGACUAAGCUUUCAUGGAAGAAGCAGAAACGGGUGAAGGAGGUGGAUCUUCUAAGGCGUACGUUGUCUGUGCCGGACACUGAGAAAGACGGAACUAAAGUUAUGCAGCGACAUACAGACCCACUUAGCAAGCGUGGUGUCCUGAGAGAUGGAGUUGGCACAUCCCUGAAGGACAGUAAAUCAAAUGGGCGCAGUAGGAGGUGCUUAUCAAUUACAUUCAUUGAUUCCUCUGAAGCCUUGACGUCUGGUGACUCUGGUCCGGUCUCACCUAUGGCCCCACUAGCUAGUCAGCAUUUAUCAUGCUGUUCCAAAAUGCCAUCAGGGAACAGUGAGAAUCCAGAAUUGCCCAUUAGACCAAUGAGUCCCAAACCAAGCAGUCCAAGGGCCGCAGGGCAGAAGCAGCGAUUCCGGUACCCCUCUUCGCGUGCAAACACUCUUUCUCUGAUUAUUCUCGGCCAGAGUGUUGGUGUUUCAGAGCCGCCCGAGAGACCGAGGUCCCUCAAACCUAAAGUGGGACGUCAGGGUUCUCUCAGCCCACUGGGAACCGGCAAUCAUCUCGAGGAUGGCAGCAUAGACAGCCCCUCACCAAUCAGCAUCAUUACAUCUAUGACAGAUAAUGAAUUUGAGCCUAGUGUAUCGCUGACGGUAUCUCCCGGAAGUCCUAGUCUCUUCAGAAACUCUACUGUAAUGAAGACUGUGAAGAGUCCUCCUGCUGGAUCAUCCGGUAUGAGAACCAGAUCUAGAUCCAGCAUCGGGACUACCCUACCUAUGCAAGGUGGAUUGCAAACACAUUGUUUUAGGGAUGAUCUGUGGAUCGAGGAUGAGAAAAAGCGGCAGAGGAGGCUGACGAGGGGAACGGCAAAGAGGGGCGCUCACCACCUGGAGGAGAUAGAAGAAGUGAGGACCCGGCUGUCUCUAUGUGCACUGAAAGUGUUUCCUGGAAUGCCACUCCGAAGUCUGAGCUUCUCUCACAGCACCCCAACUGGGCUGGACUGCCUCAGCUGGAGACGACGCAUGUCCUCCCCUGCCGUGAUCCUUCCUGACGGAGCUCCAGAGAAGCUGGGCGUAGGAGAUGAAGCUGGCAGUGAAGAGGAUAUUUAUGAGGAGCUUCGCAAUUCAGGACAUCGCUUCCCUCAUCCAGGGGGAGCAGGAGAGCAGCUGGCCAUAAACGAGCUGAUCAGCGAUGGCAGCGUGGUGUAUGCUGAGGCAUUAUGGGAUCACGUCACUAUGGACGAUCAGGAGCUUGGCUUUAAGGCUGGAGACGUCAUCGAAGUAAUGGACGCCACGAACAAGGAGUGGUGGUGGGGACGCAUCCUGGACAGUGAGGGCUGGUUUCCAGCUAGCUUUGUCAGAUUGCGUGUGAACCAGGAUGAGCCGAUGGAGGAUUACCUGGCACAGCUGGAGGAGGCUCAGGAGGAGCAGAGCUCUGGUGUUGGGCUUCUCCUCGGACCUGGUCUGCCCUGUAAAGAGCAGAUGAGGACCAACGUCAUCAAUGAGAUCAUGAGCACAGAGAGGGAUUACAUCAAACACCUGAAGGACAUCUGUGAGGGUUACAUCAAACAGUGCCGGAAACGCAUGGACAUGUUCACAGAGGAGCAGCUGUGCACCAUCUUUGGAAACAUUGAGGACAUCUAUCGGUUCCAGAAGAAGUUCCUGAAAUGUCUAGAGAAGAGGUUCAACAAGGAGGAGCCUCAUCUCAGCGAAAUUGGCUCUUGCUUUUUAGAGCAUCAAACGGAUUUCCAGAUCUACUCGGAGUACUGUAACAACCACCCGAACGCCUGCGUCCAGCUCUCCAAGCUCAUGAAGCUCAACAAGUAUGUGUUCUUCUUCGAAGCCUGCCGUCUGUUGCAGAAGAUGAUCGACAUUUCUCUGGACGGUUUCCUUCUCACUCCGGUCCAGAAGAUCUGCAAGUACCCACUGCAGCUGGCCGAGUUACUGAAGUACACCAACCCCCAGCACAGGGACUACAAAGAUGUGGAGGCAGCUUUAAAUGGGAUGAAGAACGUGGCCAGGCUGAUUAAUGAGAGGAAGCGGCGUCUGGAGAACGUGGAUAAGAUUGCUCAGUGGCAGAGCGCUAUCGAGGACUGGGAGGGUGAAGACAUCCUCAGCAGGAGCUCGGAUCUUAUCUACUCUGGAGAGCUCACAAAGAUCUCUCCACCUCAUGCCAAGAGCCAGCAGCGCAUGUUUUUCCUCUUCAACCACCAGAUGGUCUACUGUAAAAAGGUUCAGGAUUUGCUGCGCAGGGACAUCCUGUACUACAAGGGCAGGAUGGACAUGGAUCAGAUGGAGGUGUUGGAUGUGGAGGAUGGGAAGGACAGGGAGCUGAACGUGAGCGUGAAGAACGCAGUGAAGCUCCGUUCGCUCAGUGGAGAUGAGGUUCAUCUCCUGUAUGCUAAAAAACCUGAACAGAAACAGCGCUGGCUCCGAGCCUUCAGAGACGAGAGGGAGCAGGUCCAGCAUGACCGAGAAACAGGUUUUUCUAUCACUGAGGUGCAGAAGAAACAGGCCAUGCUCAACGCCUGUAAAAGCCAUCCAGCUGGCAAGCCCAAAGCAGUGACCAGGCCCUACUACGACUUCCUGCUGCGGCAGAAACACCCCACGCUCCCCACCAGCCUCCCGCAGCAGCAGGUCUUCAUGCUGGCCGAGCCUAAACGCAAGAGCUCCAACUUCUGGCACAACAUCGGCCGACUGACACCUUUCAAAAAGUGAAUGAAUUCAAGAGAAAGAGAGAGAGAGAGAGAGAGAGAGAGAGAACGAGAGAGAGGAGCUCUCAGCUUGUGCCUGAACUUUACCCUUCAAUCCUCAUUUUAUUAUUAUUAUUAUUAUUAUUCUUUUUGUAUUCCAUUUCUCCAUGGUUGUACUUACUGAUGCUCCACAGAUUAGUUGUAAUUGUGUUUGAUUUUUGGAGAAAGCACUUUAUUAAGGUGGUUACAGUCAGACUCGGUGACUGGCUCCCCGGGACUGCAUCGAUAUGUGUUUAUUUCUUUGGGAGUCUGUCAUUUCCUGGAGCUCUGAUUAGCCCCAUACACACUAAUAUCACUAACUUGUGGUGUUUUUUUUUUCCCCUUUUCCUUAAAUCUUUUCAUGCCAAUUGUAUACAGUGCCAGAUGUGUUUGCUUUCAUAUUUAAUUUUGUUCUUCGUCACCUGAAACAUGAAAUAAGAGUUAUUACAGUUACGUCCUAACGUGUUUAUGAA